GUGGAUUGGAUGGAUCCAGUGCAUGUGGAUGCUUGCUCUGCAGGAAAGAGGGAAAAGAGAGGGUCCCACUCUCCCUUUACCAUGUCAAACAGCGAUUGGCUCCUGCAGAGUAAAUCUCCUAUCAGAGAGCUACCUAUAAUGUCCUCACUUAUCCCACUGACGGAACAGGGAGCAGAGAGAACAAAGCCAAGUGACCCCCACAUUCAAAAUACAGUGAGUUGCCUCUGUGUGUUUGCAUUUGCCUGUGUUUGUGUGUGUGCGCAUGUGUAAGUUUGUGAGUGUGUGUGGGUACCUCUGGCAUCUUUGGUUUCGUAUUGGGUAUUAAAUUACCCAAUGGGAGCUUUAACAGGGCUAGAGACACUCUUCAUUGUGACUGUGGAUGAGGGAGAGAUUGAAGGUGGAGCACCGCGGAGCUGCCGGGCAGAGUAAAGCAGGCACAACAACUUCUGCAGAGCCGGGGACAAGGAUUACACACAGCACUGAAUCCAAAAGCAGUGAACAGCUGCCUGAAUGAUUAUCUGGGGGAGGGAGGCCCUGCCAGGAUCUUCAGCGUGGCACUGGUUGUGGUGUGGCCUCUGUCUCCUGUACUUGAACCAGGCUGAUAGACAGAGCUGUGGCUAGCGACAAGACAGAGGAUGGAGGUGCCGCUGGUUAAUUUUGAGAACAUGGAUGAUGUUGGCAUCAACCUGGGAGACCCGAGUGACUCCGGGUACCCGACUUCACCCACCUCAGAGGCCCCAGAUCAAAAUCUUUUAACUCACCGUUUGACUUCCCCUCACCAGUCGCCGCACAGAGGACGACGUGGGCAUCAGUCUGGUCAAGAAGGGUUGUCGCCGUCCACUCCUCAGACUCUGACCACAAAAGCAAACUCCAGCAGUGGCAGUUUGAUCUCUAAUCUGAAGCUCCUGAUCAACAGUGAGUCUCCCACUGACAGUGUCUUCAGUAAGAUGGCGAAGGAUAGCUAUGAGAAUGAGGAUUUGUUUGAAAAGCAAUGUAUGGAAGAAAAAGAUGAGAAAGUCGUCAUCAAUGUUUCAGGCCUGAUGUUUGAGACCCAGCUCAGCACCCUGAGUAAGUUUCCAGAGACGCUGCUUGGUGACCCUAUGAAGAGGAUAAGCUACUUCGACCCGAUGAAAAACGAGUACUUUUUUGACAGAAACCGUCCAUCUUUUGACGGUAUUCUGUACUACUAUCAGUCAGGGGGGAGAAUCCGCAGACCGGCCAAUGUUCCCUUAGAUGUUUUUGCUAAUGAAAUCGUUUUCUAUGAGUUGGGUCAUGAAGCAAUGGAGCAGUUCCGUGAAGAUGAGGGGUUUAUCAAAGAGCCAGAAGUCCUUUUGCCCACCAACGAACUCCAUCGACAAUUCUGGCUCCUGUUUGAAUACCCAGAAAGCUCCAGUGCAGCCAAAUCUGUAGCUCUGGUUUCUGUGCUUGUCAUCGUCAUUUCCAUCUUCAUCUUCUGCCUAGAGACUCUCCCAGAGUUCAGGGAUGACAGUGACAUUGUCCCGGGUUUAACCCAAAUCAUCAACGGGAGCCAAGACAGUUCUGCUCCUCAUCCCGCCACUAAAGACGUGAUGGCAUAUAUCACAGAUCCCUUUUUCAUUGUGGAGACUAUUUGUAUCAUUUGGUUCUGCUUUGAAGUUGGUGUUCGUUUUGUGGUGUGCCCGAGCAAAAGUGAUUUCUUCAAUAACAUUAUGAAUGUCAUUGACAUAGUUUCUAUUAUUCCCUACUUCGUUACCUUGGGAACAGAGCUGGCCACGACCCCUGAUGAUGAUAUGAACUCGAGUCAGAACAUGUCUCUUGCAAUUCUACGAAUCAUCCGUCUAGUGAGAGUUUUCCGAAUUUUCAAGCUCUCCCGACACUCGAAGGGGCUUCAGAUCUUGGGGCAGACAUUGAAAGCCAGUAUGAGGGAACUUGGGCUGCUCAUCUUCUUCCUUUUUAUAGGAGUCAUCCUAUUUUCAAGUGCCAUCUACUUUGCAGAAGUGGAUGAGCCCCAGACGCAGUUUGUUAGUAUCCCUGAUGGUUUCUGGUGGGCUGUGGUGACAAUGACCACUGUAGGAUACGGAGACAUGUGCCCCAUCACGAUGGGAGGCAAAAUGGUCGGGACCCUUUGUGCCAUUGCCGGUGUCCUGACCAUUGCCUUGCCCGUCCCUGUCAUCGUCUCCAACUUUAACUAUUUUUACCACCGUGAAACUGAGCAGGAGGAGAAACAGAUCAUGGAUGCAGCCGCAGAGGCUGCCCAGAAAAUGUCAGCUGCAAACAAGUAUGGAAGCACACCUUCACUAAACAAAAGUAACGGCACCUGGCAGAAUGAGAAAAACGGCAUGCACUGAUAGAGAAACUAAAGUAUUUAUUUAUUUCAAGGGCAUGAAAAACACAGGGACAAAUCAAACAUAUGCAGUAGUGAGAUGCACUGGAUGAUAGCAGCGUAUCUUUCUCGCUAUUUUGUACUCCAAACAGGGCAGCAUUUGUGCAUAUUGUUACAGUAUUAAUAGGCACUCUGUGGUGAGACAGCCUUUACACAAGUUGUCUGUCUGCUUGUGGAUGUGUCAAAGUGCAAUUAACACAACUCAGCAACUACUAUGUCAGUUAACUGGGAAGAACUAAAAAGGUAGACCUAUUACCUUUCAUCCAAUGCAAUUUGAAGAAUAAUGUGAUGGGUCAUUUGUACUAAACACAUUUCACCUUGAAACUAUAGAUUGUUAAACUGUACAAGUGAAAGUCAGAGUAAGUUGUAAAUUUGAUCAAAAUGUGUCUGUUUGCAUAACAGUAAGUUUAUCCCACAAAAGAUAUAAAAAACCCUUUAGAUUAUCGUAGCAUUUAAACUGGGAGUAUAGUUGGAGCUCGUAUUACAUCACAGUUCCCUGUUAGUCUACACUUCGUCAGAUUCAGCAAAUUCUAGAUAGACCUUGGCAUGAUUUUCAAGGGCAGGUGAAUGUGUCCAGUGUAAGGCAAGAGGACAGCAGCGCACACAUUCUCUUAUCAGCAAAUCUAUAGUUGUGAAUGCUAAGCCAGCAGCACUUGUCCAUGUGACACAGCGUAACAAUAUCUGUGUGAUAAAUAGUUGUCACGAUAGCAUGUCUGCUGUUAUUGUUGUACAUAGGCUGCAAAAUAUAAAUCAAACAAUGAAACCGCAUUAUAGUACAUGCAAUAGUUGCAUGCAGCAGUUUCAACUUUUAAAAUCACAAAAGUGUUUAUCGACAUGAUUUCAUAAUUAUUACUUGACAUUUUGCACCAGAUUAUGCAGAUUGUAUAUGCAGUCACCUUCUAACGUGUUAUUAUAAUGUGAAUUUACCCUUUAAAUCCAUAUCAGUUUUUUGCACUAAAGUUUUUUUUCUACAUAUCUCAUUAGCACCUUUGGAGCUUCACACCGUCAGCUGUUGGCAGAGAAAACAUAUCUAUUAGAGUGUAUAGAAAUGUAAGAUGACAUAUAUAUUUGUGAUCAAGAGAACCAAGGAAAGAGCAAGACAAAAAAACAACUUGCAGUUGAACAUUUCUCCAUUUACCAUUGUUUGCACAUUUCUACUGCAUGGCAUAGUGUGCCCAAAUGAGGUUUAACUGUUAUAAUCAGUAACUGAAAGUUUGAAAUAUUUAUUGUAACUAAAUACUAAAAUAUAUUGUAGCAUUUUAAUCAGACAGUGAUGAUCAUUAUAUUCCAUGUGAAAGCCAAUACUUCUACUGGAUGUGUGAGAUGAUGACAACAAAUGAUGACGUCUGUGUCUCACUGGGAAAAAAUUAAUUGGUACUAUAUAUGCAUGCCACAUUCCAAUCUUGAAAAUGUACUGUAUGUGGGUUUACUAUACAUAUAAAUCCAGCUUGGAUGUAGUUGUAACACACUCAAUGCCUUUCUAAUAAUCCCAAAAUAUGCAAUAAUAAUGACGUGUGGGUGGAAAAUAAAUAUGUUGUAUUUUUCACUCAUGGAAAGAGCAAUACCUGUAAUUAAUUAAAAUGAAAUGCAAUAAGGUGACAUCAGUUAGUCACGUUGGUACUCAGCACUUUACUAUGUUAUGAAGCACAUCAUAUUUGAGGACUGUUACUGUAUGUAUCAGCAUUGUACAGUAUACAAUGUCAUAAUUUGCUAUGUUUUCUUUAUCCUGUAAAGAGUGCCUUUCAUUA